AUGAAGUUUGGAAGGUUUAGGCAUAACACCCGAGCCGAAAGGGUCGUUCCAAGAAUCGCUAACGUCAAAAGCGAGUCCUUUCAAUACGCCAACCUGAAAUCUCACUCCAGUGAAAUAGGCCUACUGUUUCUAUUGAACGACAACGGGUUUGAAUCCCCUGAAUUCUUCUUCGUGUUUAGUUAUCCGAUAUGUCAAGAGUUGAAGUCGUGGAGAGAAGAUCCGAAUGCCGCCAACGAAGAUGGCAUAUUCAAUCUUUUCAAAGACGACAGUGACCGGAUCGUAAUUGCAAAGUUUUUGGCGGCUCUCGGCGCUUGCGGCUUACGCAGAAAUGAUCCACGCCUGGAACGGAUGCUGGAAAAUUUUCGGAAAAUUCAGCAUCAAAAAUUGCUGAAUGGCGACAAGGACGCUUACACUUUAGUCCUUACAAAGGAGAACCUUCGAGCGUAA